GUAUAAAAAGACAGAACAUGAGUGUCAGCUUAGAGAGUGUAAGUUGGUUGUUAAUGGUGAUCCGUUCCUUCUAUCCAGGAUCAAAGAAACGUCUUUAAUUUUUCGACCGAAUUUGUAAUAACCAAAGAAAAAUCACCAAAGUCGUCAAAAUGUCGUCGGAAGAGGCAUUAGUCGUCGAUAUGGUGUACCUUUACGAAAAAGAAAACGCAAAGGCCCAUCACACCAUCAGCUACGAAAUGGUACAUCUUGAACCAGCGACUCCUGUUCUUAGAAGAGGCCAAUCUUUCCAUGUAGCCUUAAGAUUCAAUCGAGAAUACGUGGCUGAAACGGAUAUCGUUAGAUUGCUCUUUAGUUUUGGACCAAAUCCGAACGUUCUUAGAGGAACUAGAGGAAUAAACACCAUAACCAAUAGAGACAAUUAUUUGACUGAUUUGGAGGCAUGGGGUGUUCGUUUAGUGGGUGUCAAUGGCGUUGAUUUGACCGCGGAAGUAAGAAGCCCUAUUGAUAGCCCUGUUGGCACAUGGCAAUUAAAUGUGGAGACCACCGUCGUAGGAAGUAAAAAACAACCAAAUACCUAUAAUUACGACAAGGACAUUUAUCUGCUUUUUAAUCCGUGGAUGAAAGAGGAUUUAGUAUUCAUGGAGGAUGAGCAGCUGUUGGACGAGUAUGUGCUAAAUGAUGUGGGAAAAAUAUGGGUUGGCUCAUGGGGAAGUGCACGUGGUAGAGAAUGGGUGUUUGGACAAUUUGAUGCUUGUGUGCUUAAAUCUUGUGAAUUGCUACUAGAAAGAUCCGGCAUCAAAGCUAAUUCCAGAGGGGAUCCAGUCCAAAUGUGUAGAGCUAUUUCGAGAAUCGUAAAUUCCAACGAUGACAGAGGUGUGAUUACCGGUCGCUGGGAUGGUGACUACGCUGAUGGUACAGCUCCAGCCGCCUGGACAGGUAGCGUGCCGAUUCUCGAACAAUUCUUAGAGACAGGCGAUUCUGUCAAAUACGGACAAUGUUGGGUAUUCGCUGGUGUUGUGACCACCGUCUGUCGUGCUCUUGGUAUACCGUCCAGAGUGGUUUCAAAUUUGGUAUCGGCCCACGAUGCGAAUGCCUCGCUUUCCGUCGAUCGUUAUUAUACCAAAGACAAUGAGGAACUUGAUUACGAUCCAAACAAUCUCGAAGGCGAAGAUUCCAUAUGGAAUUAUCACGUUUGGAACGACGUAUGGAUGGCUAGACCAGAUUUGCCUAAAGGUUAUGGUGGUUGGCAGGCGAUCGAUGCGACGCCACAAGAACCUUCAGGCGGUAUAUAUCAAUGUGGACCAGCUUCUGUCGAAGCUAUCAAACAAGGAGUCGUUGGUUAUAAUUACGACGUGACAUUCAUGCUGGCUUCGGUGAAUGCCGAUUUGAUGAGGUGGAUGGAGGAUUCUGAGAGCGAGCUGGGAUUCAGGAAAAUCGACUGUAAUAAAUAUCACAUUGGCCGGAUGAUCUUGACGAAAGCACCUUGGAUUUUCGAUCCCAAUGGCGACAGGGACAGAGAGGAGAUAACAUCUAUUUACAAGGCGAAAGAAGGAACGGAAGUUGAGCGACUGACUCUGUACAGAGCCGUACGCAAUACAGAAAUGGCGAAGAGAUUCUACUCUUUGCCCUCACCUGCGAAGGAAGAUGUCGAGUUCGAUCUCGUGGAUAUCGAACGAGUGAACAUCGGACAACCAUUCGCAGUUAUAGUGAACAUGAAGAAUAAAUCGAACCAGAUACGUACUAUUCAAGCUGUUCUAUCUGCUGGUAGCGUGUACUAUACGGGAAUCAAAGCAAAUUUGGUAAAGAGAGCGUCUGGUGACUUCGUUCUCCAACCACAUGCCAGCGAACAGUUAAGGCUCAGAGUUACAGUGGAUGAUUAUUUGGACAAGCUCGUGGAGUAUUGUAAUAUGAAAUUGUAUUCCAUCGCUACGGUCGUGGAAACUAAACAGACAUGGGCUGACGAAGAUGAUUUUCAGGUCUUGAAACCGAGCAUCACGGUCAAGAUCGACGGCGAACCUGUAGUAGGAAAACCAUCGAUUAUCAGCCUUAGAUUCAAGAAUCCCCUGAAGAGAGUAUUAACGCAGUGUACGUUCAAUUACUCUGGCCCCGGGUUAACAAGGAACAAGACUCUAGCGUUCAGAGACAUCGAACCUGAGGAAGACGUCUACGUGGAACACCAAUUAAUUCCUCAAAAGGCUGGCGCGCAGAAGAUCAUUGCCACAUUUACCUCGAAAGAGCUAGUUGACGUCACAGGAUCAGCUGCUAUCGAUGUUCUUGAUGAGGACGAAUAAGAUUGUCCGGAUUCGAACAAUAUUACAUUUUUAUCCUCAUUACGAAUAGAUAACGCAUAUUAAUAUACACACAUAUCGAUAUGCAUCAAUUAAAAAACGUAUGUAUAUAAGUAAAAACCUGUAUAAUAUUAAUGUGGACACGUUUCAUCCAAUCAUUACUAGACUCUGGAUGCUUAUACGUGUUUCUGGAAAAUUAUACGAUAUAUUCUAUCAGUCACGAAAAUUAAUAUAAUAUAAAAAUUCUAAAUGCUUUCGUUCAAAACGCAUGAUGAAUGAAAAUUAUGCGUAGUAGUAUCUAGACUGCAGAUGUUUGUUGAAGAAAUUCAUAUUUUAUAUAAUUUUUAAGAAUACAAAUAUUUUACUUUAUGAAUAUAUUAAAGAAAUAGAAUCUAAUUAGAGGUUCGUUUCACCUAUCAAACAUUAUAACGUGCACUUUAGUUUGUAUAUUUUACCUUUUACACUUUUUAUAAAUGCGUAAACACCCACAAUUUAGUAAUAUAAAUUCCUUUUGGCCCCCAUUACUCUAUUAUCAGGUGUAUUUUUAUAUAUAAAAUUUAUAAUUAUAUAUAUUUAGAAUGUGAUUAUAUAUUGUAAUAAUAUUUAAAAAAAUAUUAUAUUAUUAAUUAUGAUAUCACAUUGCGUAAUUUGUAUUCCUUACUUUUUUCAAUUUUGAUGCACAUUUGCUUUUUAAUAAAUUUAAAUAUUUGUGUUUCCAAGCGUGUGUCGCUGGACUCCGAAAUUCGUGAGUUAUUUGAUCUGUAUGGUAUAUACUGUUACAAGAAAGAAAUAGUUUUGUAUAUUUAAUAAUGUCUAUCAAUAAAUGAUAUUUUCUUAUC